AUGAAGCACAUUAUCAAUUUAUAUGAAAACAUCAAUGAUACAGCAAGAAAUAAUUCAGACUGUCCUCAUGUGAUUUUGCCAGAAGAGAUAUUUUUUAUAAUAUCCAUCAUUGGGGUUUUGGAAAAUCUAAUGGUCCUUCUGGCGGUGAUCAAGAAUAAGAAUCUCCAGUCACCCAUGUACUUUUUCAUUUGUAGCUUGGCUAUUUCUGAUAUGUUGGGCAGCCUAUAUAAGAUCCUGGAAAAUAUCCUGAUCAUGUUAAGAAACAUGGGUUAUCUCAAGCCUCGUAGCAAUUUUGAAACCACAGCAGAUGAUAUUAUCGACUCCCUGUUCAUCCUCUCCCUCCUUGGCUCCAUUUUCAGCCUGUCCAUGAUCGCAGCUGACCGCUACCUCACAAUUUUCCAUGCUCUGCAAUAUCACAGCAUUGUGACCAUGCGCCGUGCCAUUAUUGUCCUGAUGGUCACCUGGACUGGGUGCAUGGGCAGUGCCAUUACCAUGGUGAUCUUCUCUCAUCACAUCCCCACAGUGAUCACCUUCACGUCGCUGUUCCCUCUGAUGUUGGUCUUUAUCUUGUGCCUUUAUGUGCACAUGUUCUUGCUUGCCCGUUCACAUGCCAGGAAGAUCUUGACCCUUCCCAGAGCCAACAUGAAAGGGGCCAUCACGCUGACCAUCCUGCUUGGGGUCUUCAUCUUCUGUUGGGCCCCCUUCGUUCUUCAUGUUCUUUUAAUGACAUUUUGCCCAAAUAACCCUUACUGUGCCUGCUACAUGUCUCUCUUCCAGGUGAAUGGCAUGUUGAUCAUGUGUAAUGCAGUCAUUGACCCCUUUAUAUAUGCUUUCCGGAGCCCAGAACUCAGGGAUGCAUUUAAAAAGAUGAUCUUCUGUAGCAGGUACCAGUAG